UAUUUGCUUUGGGAUAAAUUGCGUUCCAAGGAGACACAUACAGAGAGUACGUCGAAUGGGAAAUGACUCAAUUCCCGCCCAUGUGUUGCUAUUUCAAUUAACUUCUUCUCGUUCUUAUUUUUCAUUUUUUUAUUGAAUGAAGCAGCUCGAAAGUCUUCCUUUUUCGUGGUAACAGCCAACCAGUUGUGACGGUAAUCUUAGAAGUGCGGCCACCAAAUAUUCUUCUCACCUUUCCGGAUUGUGGACCGUGCUAAGACACAGUGUCUUGCAUAUGACCAAGAUAUGCAACAUGACCCAACAACAGCAGAGCUGCACCAACGCGGCCCCCGUGCCACCACCGCAGCUGCCGCCUACACCCACAAAGAUGACACCAAACCCUCCCAGCCAGUUCGCCCUUAAGAAGCUACUCCCAAUUACUGCCUUCUUCAUGGGAUUUGCCACUGUUAUGACUCUACUAUUGAUUUACAUGGACAACAAAGCUCUCAGGCACCAUCAAUUCAACGUUAACAUGACCCAAGAUUACGAAUUGCUUGGUGUCAGCCAGGAUAACCCAGAAUUGAUAUCCGCAAUCAAGCAAUACUUCUUAAAACCAGGUGUAGAGCCACAUCACAAACCCAUCGAAUACACAGCUGAAUCUCCUUCUGAGCACAUAGAGUAUUUACUGAAAAUAUUAAAUAAUAAGAUGAAUGGGAACUUCGUUGAGGCUGGAGCUUAUGGAGAUGGGAAAACAUCGGAAACUGAGUGGCUUGAGAAGAAAUUAUCUUGGAAAGGUCUGCUAGUCCAGCCUGAUCCCAGACAUUUCUUCAACCUGAAGAGACACAAUCGCGCGAAAUCUCAGGUGUUGCACGGCUGCUUGAGUCCAGCUCCAUACCCCAAAGAAGUAACCUACCAUCAGGAAGAAAGAGACGGGGUGAAAAUCAAUUCCAUCCACUCCAAAUUAAUCGACGAUACGGAUUUAUUUAAUACGCGCGUCAAGUGUUUCCCUCUUUACUCGCUCCUUCUGGCCAUGAACAUGACCAAAGUCGAUUACCUGAGUCUGGAAACCAGAGGCACGGAGCUGCAGGUCCUCGAGACCAUACCUUUUGAACGUCUACGCAUCGAUAUUAUCGAUGUACACCUGCUUGUGAACGAUGGUGAAAAAAAAAUCAUCAAAGAGUUUUUAGCCACCAAGAAUUACACGCUCAUGCAGGUUUUCAACACGAGCAACAUCUACAAGUUGAACAUGCUUAAACCAUAAGAAUAUUUUUUUAAAUACAAAUAAUAUUUAUAUAUAUUUACAUAUAUAAAGUUAAAAAAAAAAACAGAAGACUGAUCAAUCGCAUAAAUCACAAACAAGCUUUAGAAGGAAUUGAAUACUAAGGAAAUUACAUUCCACCCAAAAGUAAUAUUGUUUUUACAAAUGAAUACUACUACUAAAUAGAGAGUGCCUUUUUUAGUACGUUUUAUAUAAUAUACACCAAUUAUUUUUGUAGAUUCACAU